UUUCCACGACAACGCAGCAAACGAUCGACUCUGGGGGAUCUCGUGCAAAGCUUUCCAGGCGACCAAGGCCUGUUUCUGGUCAGAUCAAGUCAACGACUUCCAGGGACAGAUGAACUUCAACUGUCCAGACAACAAAGUGAUUGCAGGGGUCUACAGUGUCUACAGGAGUUUAUCCACAGACCGACAGUGGAAGUUCCUGUGCUGCAGUGCACCUGACGUUUCCUUGUUCAACUGCAAAGAUGAACCAGUGAUCAACUACUGGGACGAAUACUUCAGCUGGAAAGUGGCCAGCAACAAUUACCUCACAGGAGUGAAAAGCUCUUUUGACACUCACACAAAGGAUCGUCGAUGGAGUUUCUCGUACUGUCAGAGGAAGGUUCAGUGAAGCUGCUUCUCAAGAGACAAGUGACUGAUGAGUGUG